UGGCAAAUAGCGAUUGAAGUUAGCUCAAUACGUGGUAUAUUGUGCUCAUUCCAAAAUGGCUUUUCUCCGAGUGCUGACGUUGUUAUUAUUAACAACUUUUGUUUUUUCUGACGAUGAACAGACUGAUAAAGGAGUUGCAAAGGCAAUAGUUGAGAGUUGUUCCGGAUGACGACUGAAUCGUUUACCAGAGGUUAAGAGGUUCAUUUAUGACGACCUCCCUCUGUUCCACGAUGUGUCGUUCAAGCCGAAGGGUGGCGCGCCUCCUGUGCUGAAGUUGGUUACCAAGGAUAACCACGUCGUAGAGGAGGUGGCCUUGGAUUCAUAUUCGCGGGAAGAAUGUAACAAGUUGCUCAUGGACCGCGGGUUCCGCAAAAAGAAGUCCGAGGAUGAGGAACUUUCGGCGGAAGAAUUAGAAACAUUGAGUUAUAAAAGCAGAGAUGAAUUGUAGUGACUAUGGCUGCUAUUUUAGUGUGGAUGCGAGAAUAAGUGCGUGAUAGAAGACAUGUUACAAGUAAAGUUUAUUGUGUUUACGACAGUUUAUCUGAAAUUAAGUUGGUUUGAAGUAAAAAUGAUCAGCUGUUGAUUUCGUAUUUCUGCGAUUUUCGAGUUUUUGUUUAUUUUCAUCUUCAUUUGGCUUAACAUCUAGGAGAUGCUCCUCACAAAGGAUAUGUUCAAUAUCAUAUUUUUUUUAAAUAUUUAUUACGUUUGAAAUGUUCUAAUGAAUAAACACAUUUUAUCUGUUAAGUAAUUGAACUAUGAUGUUCUCGAAUCAAUAGCUAAAAAACCCGGUGUAUACUUUUGUGUACAUUUUUUAAUAAUACAAUUUAAUACGUUUAAUAGAAGUUUUGACUUUGAUACUGUUAUAUUCCUAUGACAAAGGUAAAAGUGUCGUUUACUUUACAUGCAUAAUAGUGUUGGGAAUCGGUUCCAAUUUUACUAUCGAUAAUCGGUUCCACUCAAGUAACCGAUUAUCGAUAGUACAAUCGGUUUUUUAAAAUACUAGAUAAAACCUAAAGUGAAGUUUUAUUCAUGCACAUUAUUAAACUCUUAAUCAUUAUAUGCAUAUACGUUAUGUCUGUGAUUAAAGUUAUUAAGUGUUAUAUAAAAAUAGUUCAUUUUUACUUGCUCAUUGUGGCUUUCAUCAGCCAUUUUGUUAAAGAUAACAUCUAAACACCUACUUAUAAUUUUUUUCAAUUUUUUUUUCGAUGAUCGAUUAUAACCAAAUACAAUCGAUUGUCGCCGAUUUCAGGCCCAACCAAUCGAUUUUCGAUUAUAAUCGAUCAUCGGAACAUCACUAAUGCAUAAUAAUAAUUGUAUAUACAAAUAUAUAUUCAUAAACAGCGAAAAAAAAAAUUAAGAAUCUGCAUUUACGCAAUUGUUUUUAUCUAUGCAAGAAGUUUUGUUUGCGUUCUAUCAAUAUUAAAUGAAUUAUGUCUAGAUGCGGUAAAAUUGAAUUUGCCAUGGUAUGAAUGUGCUAUUUAGAACUAUUUUCUACAAAUAGUGUUGACAAUCCAUCACGUGAUCACUCGCUGCCAUGCACCACCAUGCUGUCCAUCCAUGAAAGUCCGAAUGAAGUCGGAACUGUAAACUUCGUGUCAGUUUCGAUGGAUGAUUGUCGACUUGCCAUGUUUCGACAGCGGUGCAUGGCAAUGACUGAUGUGUGCUUUAUAUGUUCAUUUUGUUUUUAAUUUAUUCUUGGAUGUUAAAUAAAUGUCGAAAUGUG